UUACGGAUUCAUGAGGGUGAAGGGAGGCACUUCAAUUAGAACCCUAUCAAAACCCUCUUUUUUCAAAUCUCUUGUCAUUUUGUCGGUGCUGUUUUUCGCCCGAUGGCUUCCACGGAUGCGCCAAGUUCUGGUUCCAACGUUAACGCUCGUGCUUCCCUCUCCCUGGACGAGGAGGAAGAUGAAGGUAUGGUCAUAGGCAUUGAUGAAGUAAACGAAGAUGGAGUAGAAUACAAAUACAUGCUGGUGGGAAAGUUGCUGACUGACAAACCGAUCAAGUUUAAGGUCCUUAGAGACACCAUUGCCGCUACUUGGAGACCUGUUAUGGGUAUGAUGAUGAAUGAGGCAGAGUAUAAUCUAUUUGUAUUUCAGUUUUUUCACCAAGUGGAUAUGAAGCGAGUUAUGGAGGACGGGCCUUGGUGUUUCGAUCAGAGUCUUCUGGUGCUCCAUAGAAUGCAACCAAGUGAAUGCCCUAACGACAUCCCUCUGUGUAAGGCGGAGUUUUGGGUUCAAGUCCAUAAACUUCCAAUAGGGUUCUUUACGGAAAACAUUGCCAAAGCUAUUGGGGAUUAUCUGGGAGAGUUUAUUCGAGCUGAUAGGAGGAAUUUUGAGGGAUCCUGGAAGUCCUUUCUAAGGGUUCGAGCACUGUUGGAUCUCACAAAACCCUUGCGGAGGAGAGUGAAGAUGAAGAAAGAAGGGGGGGAUUGGUUUUGGGCUGAAUUCAAGUAUGAACGCUUACCCCAUUUUUGUUUCUUGUGCGGAUUAAUGGGUCACACUGAACGUUACUGUGAGAGAAUGUUGGAAGGGGUCACGGAGGAGACGGUGAGGCCGUAUGGUUCUUGGCUCAGGGCAACUGGCCGACGUUUUCCUGCCAUUGGUAGUCGUUGGCUGGUCGAGGAACGACCGCGCAGGGCGGGGAUACAAACGCCACAGCCUCAAGAGGUGGUGAACCCAAAUUCACUCAGGGAGGAGAUACAAACACCACAGCCUCAAGAAGUUGUGAGCCCAAAUUCAAGCAGGGAGGAGAUACAAACACCACAGCCUCAAGAGGUUGUGAGCCCAAAUUCAAGCAGGGAGGAGAUACAAACACCACAGCCUCAAGAGGUGGUGAACCCAAAUUCAGGCAGGGAGGAGAUACAAACGCCACAGCCUCAAGAGGCUCUUGAACUUAAUGAUCAACAGUUGUUGGGCCAAGAAGUGGAGCUUGACCUUGCUAAAGAGAGAGGAGCUGAUACUCCGAAUAGUGGGGAAUUUGAUAACUCCUUCCAGAAGCAGGGCAGUGGUGGAGGUGAAAGCAGUUCAGAAUAUGAUGAUGAUGACAGUUCAGAUGAAAGUGAAGAUGAGGAGCCACAAAAUAAAAAUACCGAGGCCUCAACUACUGAAACUACUGUCAAACAAAGUGCUAAUGACUCUAAAGAUGAGACCAGUUAUGAAGAUGAAAGUUCUGAUGAUGAGCCAUCUGAAGCUGAGUGGCAGUCUUCUACUGGGAAGGAGAGCAGUUCUGAUGAUUACACAUCUGAGGAGUCUAGUGAUGAAGAAGAGGAUGCGCCUUCAAAGACUCCAAAGAAGCAGAAGACCCCAGACACUCCUAGGGCUGAAUCCCAAGGAUCCAGAAGUCUUUUUAUGGGCAAUUUGUCAUGGUCAAUUGUACAGGCUGAUGUAGAGAAUUUCUUCAAAGAUUGUGGAGAGGUAAAGGAUGUUCGUUUUGCUUCACAUCGAGAUGGGAUGUUCAAGGGUUAUGGGCAUGUUGAAUUUACUACUUCUGAGGCAGCUGCAAAGGCUCUUGAACUUAAUGGUCAACAGUUGUUGGGCCGAGAAGUGAGGCUUGGCCUUGCUAAAGAGAGGGGAGCUUAUACUCUGAAUAGUGGGGAAUUUGAUAACUCCUUCCAGAAGCAGGGCAGGGGUGGAGGUGAAAGUACAAUUGUGUUUGUUAAGGGGUUUGACAAGAAUGAUAUUGAAGAUAAGAUCAGGAGUGCUCUUGAGGAUCAUUUUGGUUCUUGUGGAGAGAUUAAAGGUAUCAGAAUUCCAACGGACCCAGAAGGGUGCAUUAAAGGGAUGGCUUAUAUUGAGUUCACAGACAGUGAUGCAAUGAACAAGGCUCUCGAGCUCAACAACUCCCAAAUUGGAAACAACACCUUGUAUGUUGAUGAUGCUAAGCCAAGAGGUGAUAGUCGUGGUGGUGGUGGUGAGCGUGGAGGCAGGUUUGGAGGAAGGGGAGGUGGCCGCUUUGGAAGGGGAGGUGGCCGCUUUGGACUAUCACGAGGUGUUUGGUUCUAAAAGUUAAGGGAAAUGUAGUUUUAUGUUGUUUGGUUCAUUCCUAAAAGUCAAGGAAAAUGAAUUCUUUGCUAAUCGUCUUCAGAGUCUUGCCAAAUUCUGGCUGGCUUUUACAUUUUCUCUAUGAAAUCCCUGCCUUCUACUUCUACAAGCAUAUAUCAAUGUGUUGAUUGUGUUCA